AUGAAGGUGCUGGGAAGAAAUUACUUCUGGGUGUUGCUUCCACUGCUUCGCUUGAUGGCAGAUUCUGCGGAACAUGAAGAGGUGGCAAAACAUGCCAUCAAAUUGCACCGAGGGAAAGGGGCGGCUAUCACUCAGAGGAAGCAGUGGGUCCUCGAUGGUUGCAGGAAGCUCUCCGGGCUUCUUCGCCAAAAGACUGUGGUUCUUAACAAACUGAAAAGUGCAAUCAGAGCCGUAGAAAAAGACGUUAGCCUGUCAGAUGAAGAGAAGCUGUUUCAGGUGCAUACGUUUGAAAUUUUCCAAAAAGAGCUGAAUGAAAGUGAAAAUUCAGUGUUCCAGGCCAUCUAUGGACUGCAGAGAGCCCUGCAAGGAGAUUACAGAGAUGUUGUGAACAUGAAGGAGAGCAGCAGGCAGCGCCUGGAGGCACUGAGAGAGGCUGCGAUUAAGGAAGAGACAGAAUAUGUGGAACUUCUGGCAGCAGAAAAACACCAAGUUGAAGCCCUCAAAAAUAUGCAACAUCAAAACAAAAGUUUAUCCAUGCUUGAUGAAAUUCUUGAAGAUGUGAGAAAGGCAGCCGAUCGCCUAGAGGAAGAGAUGGAAGAACAUGCUUUUGAUGACAAUAAAUCAGUGAAAGGGGUCAAUUUUGAGGCAGUUCUCAGAGUGGAGGAAGAAGAUGCCAAUUCCAAACAAAACCUCACAAAGCGGGAAGCGGAGGAUGAUUUGGGUCUUAGCAUGCUGAUCGACUCCCAGAACAACCGCUAUAUCUUGACCAAGCCCAGAGACGCGACAAUUCCACGUGCAGAUCGCCACUUCCUAAAGGACAUUGUUACCAUAGGAAUGCUGUCUUUACCUUGUGGCUGGCUGUGCACGAUGAUAGGGUUGCCCACAAUGUUUGGUUAUAUUGUUUGUGGCGUACUUCUGGGACCUUCAGGACUGAACAGUAUUAAGUCUGUUGUGCAGGUGGAGACCUUAGGAGAGGUUGGCGUGUUCUUUACUCUGUUUCUUGUUGGCCUAGAGUUCUCUCCAGAAAGGCUGAGAAAGGUCUGGAAGAUAGCCUUACAAGGACCGUGUUACAUGACACUAUUAAUGAUCGCAUUUGGCUUGUUAUGGGGACACCUUUUACAGAUCAGACCCACUCAGAGCGUCUUUAUUUCUACGUGCCUGUCCUUAUCAAGCACACCCUUAGUGUCCAGAUUCCUCGUGGGCAGUGCCCGGGGUGAAAAAGAAGGUGACGUCGACUACAGCGCGGUGCUGCUUGGGAUGCUCGUAGUGCAGGACGUGCAGCUGGGCCUGUUCAUAGCCGGCCUGCCCACCCUCAUCCAGGCCGGGACCGGUGCCUACUCCAGCAUUGUCAUGGAGACUCUGCGGAUACUGGCUUUGGUGGGUCAGAUUCUUUUCUCGCUGGCCGCGGCUUUUCUCCUGUGUCUCGUUAUAAAGACUUACCUCAUUGGACCGUAUUAUCGAAAACUGCAUAUGGAGAGCAAAGGGAACAAAGAGAUCCUUAUCGUAGGAAUCUCUGCUUUCAUCUUUUUAAUGUUAACGGUCACAGAGCUGUUGGAUGUGUCCAUGGAGCUGGGCUGCUUCCUGGCCGGAGCGCUUAUCUCUUCCCAGGGCCACAUGGUCACCGAGGAGAUCGUGUCUUACAUCGAGCCCAUCCGUGACUUCCUGGUUAUCAUUUUCUUCGCCUCCAUAGGCCUCCACGUGUUCCCCACUUUUGUGGCGUACGAGCUCACUGUCCUGAUGGUCCUCACGCUGUCAGUGGUGAUCAUGAAGUUUGCCCUGGCCGCCCUGGUCUUGUCUGUCCUCCUGCCGAAGAGCAGCCAGUACAUCAAGUGGAUUGUGGCUGCGGGGCUGGCACAGGUCAGCGAGUUCUCUUUUGUCCUGGGGAGCAGAGCACGCAGAGCUGGGAUCAUUUCUCGGGAGGUGUACCUCCUAAUCCUGAGUGUGACCACCCUCAGUCUUUUACUGGCCCCAGUUCUGUGGAAAGCCGCAAUCACAAGGUGCGUGCCUCGGCCAGAGAGACGGUCAAGUCUUUGA